AUGGCUGAUUUCAGGCAGCGGAACAAGCCGGCAGUGAACUACAGCGAUGACUACCGCUUGGAGCGCAUUGAAAGGCAGCCAAAGGCAGGCGGCCGACAGCAGAGGAGGAUGCCUGUGGGCGCCAAGCUGCCCAACUUCCCCAUCCAGAGCGCUGCCGCCAUCAAGCUGGCCACAGAGGCGGCACAGGCCAAAUGCGAAGAGCUGAGUGGCAGGGGAUUUUACAAGGAGAUGCAGCCGAGCAAUGUGUCCUCGGGCUACUGGCUGCAGCUGCCGGUCGACAUGGGCACCACGUACCGCUUCUCCCACACGGCCGACAUUGAGCUGGAGUGCCUCGAUGAAUGGAAGAACACCGAGGGCUGGCAGUACGAGAAGUACCCCGGGAAGAACAAGAACCGCUGGCACGUGCGCUGGCUGGUCCGUGGCGGCAACAGCUGUGGCCUCAGCGGCGGCUGGCGCGGAUUCUCCAUCGACCAGCAAUUGACCUGGAACGACACUGUGGUGUUUGAGAUUCCGGCGGAUGUGCCAGCUGGAGAGCUGCCCACCUAUGUCAUCAUCCACACCUACAGGGCGGAGAAUUACGAGACUGCUGAGACUGAGGGCCUGGUGGUCCCGGCCAAGGAAGUGUUUGAGGCGCUCCUGGCCAAGAUGCCCAAGGAGGAGGGCGGGGAUGCAUCUGAUGAGGAGGGCGCAGAGGAAGGAAUGCCUGCAGACUCCCCAGACGGCGAUCAGGCAGCAGGGGAAGGCAAAGCGGCUGGCAAGGACGCGAUGGCUGCGCUGAGGGCGCGCAAGAAGCGCAUCGCUGAGGUGGCAGGCUCCCUCAAGACUGCGGCGGCAGAGCACAAGCGCCAGAAGAAGGCUGCAGCAGCACCUACCAAACCUGAUGCUGCAGCUGACGAGGUGGCUGACAAAUACAUGGGAGAGGCUGACGGCGCUGACAACGAUGACUCCAACAGAGAGGCGGAGGCUGCUGCUGUGGAGGGUGCUGAUGACGGCGCAGCGGCGGCUGCUCCCAAGAGGAAGCGCGGCGCCAAGGCAAGUGACUGUGCUAUGCGGCCCUCAUGA